AUGAUAACUAGUUCAUUAAGUUUCGUUAUGCAUAUAAUUCUGUCUUACAGAGUGCUAGCGCCAGUCAGGCAAGUGAUCGAAUACGUACUGCCACAUGCGUAUAGCAAUAUGGCAAACAAAGCAGUCAAAGGAAACAUAAACUUUAAUGUAAAACAUUUAAGAAAAGGUGAUCCAUUGCCACCAUUCAAUGGAAAAUUGAGAAUCUAUAAUAUGCGUUAUUGUCCUUACGCACAAAGGACUAUCCUCGCCCUGUUUGCAAAAGACAUUGAUUUUGAAGUAGUCAAUGUCCACACAUCUGACAAACCGGAAUGGCUUCCACGAAAAAGCGCUUUUGGUAAAGUGCCGUCGAUAGAAAUCAAAGAAGACGUAUGUAUCUUUGAAAGUUUGAUAACCGUGGAAUACUUGGACGAGGUCUAUCCCCAAAGGCCUUUGUUAUCUAAGGAUCCAGUAACAAAGGCUUAUGACAAAAUAAUUGUAGAAGCCUCAGGACCCUUGCACACAAUGUUUUAUAAAGCCGUUAAGAAUUCCGAAACAAUAACUGAAGACAAUGUAAUUGCUUAUCAUAAAGCGUUGCAGUUUAUUCAAGACCAUCUAAAUACCAGAAGCACUAAAUUCUUUGGAGGCAGUGAACCAGGCUAUGCAGACUACAUGAUCUGGCCGUGGUUUGAAAGAUUGAUAGCACUUCAAAAGAAGAAUGAUAAAUUGAAAUUUGAUGCAAAAGAAUUCAAACUCUUGAAUGAGUACAUAAACAACAUGCUCAAUGAUUCAGCUGUGAGCAGAUAUUUAGUGCCUGAAGAUGUGCUAUUCAAAGUGUUUGAAAGCUACAGGCUCCAGGAGGUGCCAGAUUAUGAUUUAUUAACUUUAUAA